UCUCUUGUUUGGCCCAGUCAGUUUUCUAAAACUUCUAGAGUCUGAGGGCGAGAGUUUUCCUCCGUCUUUGAAAAAAUUAUUUUCUUUCUUCCUCGUUGCCCUCUAUGAUCAGGGUGUGUGGGGAGGGAAACAUCGGUUCAGUUCUCCCGAUGGGAACGCUUUCGCGGAUAACGAACUGCGGCGAGGGAUUGCCUUCGGUUUGAAAGCUCCCAGCACCAGCCCUAAAGGUCGGGUGUGGUUCUUCGGCAGGCACGCGGCUCCGCGGAGGAACCUGGAGCCCGGGCGGCCAGGCGGAAGGAGAGGGCAGCGCCGGGCCGAGCGGUCCUCAGCCUCAGCCUCCGCCUCAGGGGCCGGCCAGCUGCGUGGCUUAUCGCCUCUGCUCCACAGGAUACCUUGGCCGCGUCUUUGCGCGGGAGAUCUUCCCUGUGGACUCCUAGGGUGGAAGGUCUCAGGCCCCAGGGAAUCGACUCACCUUCCCAGGCUGCCCGGGACAAAAUUAACCAGCCUGGGCCCCCACCCCCCGCCCGCGCCCCGGCCCCGGCCCCGGCCCUCACGGGCGCGUUCUGCCUGGGUGUGUGCGUGGAAUGCUUCUAUGUGCUGGCGCCACGACGCUCCGGCUUCCCUCCCCGCGCGUGUCCUCCCGAGGCCCCUCCGGCGGAGCCUUUCCUUCCGCCUUCGUGGCCCAGCGGCCGGAGUGGGGGACGCAAAUGGGGCGGGCGGGCCGGGCCGAGCCGAGGCCGGGAGGCUGGCGGGCGGCGGGGAGCGCUGGGCCGGUGGUCUCCAGCGCGCACUAUCUCUGGCGCAUAGUAGAUGUCGCUGUUGUCCGUGCUUACGCGGCCGGCCGGCCUGGCUCUGGAACACGUGACCUGCGAGGAGGCUGCGGCUCAAGGCCAUUUUCAAAUCUCAUUGGCUUGGUUGUCAUGUGGUCGGCAGAGGCAUCCACAAUUACACGGGGAAUGUUUUCCUAGAGAUGUCAGCCUACAAAGGACACAAUCUCUCUUCUUCAAAUUCCUCCCCAAAAUGUCCUUUCCCAACAGCUCUCCUGCUGCUAAUACUUUUUUAGUAGAUUCCUUGAUCAGUGCCUGCAGGAGUGACAGUUUUUAUUCGAGCAGCGCCAGCAUGUACAUGCCACCACCUAGCGCAGACAUGGGGACCUAUGGAAUGCAAACCUGUGGACUGCUCCCGUCUCUGGCCAAAAGAGAAGUGAACCACCAAAAUAUGGGUAUGAAUGUGCAUCCUUAUAUACCUCAAGUAGACAGUUGGACAGACCCGAACAGAUCUUGUCGAAUAGAGCAACCUGUUACACAGCAAGUCCCCACUUGCUCCUUCACCACCAACAUUAAGGAAGAAUCCAAUUGCUGCAUGUAUUCUGAUAAGCGCAACAAACUCAUUUCUGCCGAGGUCCCUUCGUACCAGAGGCUGGUCCCUGAGUCCUGUCCCGUUGAGAACCCCGAGGUUCCUGUCCCUGGAUAUUUUAGACUGAGUCAGACCUACGCCACCGGGAAAACCCAAGAGUACAAUAACAGCCCCGAAGGCAGCUCCACAGUCAUGCUCCAGCUCAACCCUCGCGGCGCGGCCAAGCCACAGCUUUCGGCCGCCCAGCUGCAGAUGGAAAAGAAGAUGAACGAGCCUGCAAGCGGCCAGGAGCCCACCAAAGUCUCCCAGGUGGAGAGCCCUGAGGCCAAGGGUGGCCUUCCGGAAGAAAGGAGCUGCUUGGCUGAGGUCUCCGUGUCCAGUCCCGAAGUGCAGGAGAAGGAGAGCAAAGAGGAAAUCAAGUCUGAUACUCCAACCAGCAAUUGGCUCACUGCAAAGAGUGGCAGAAAGAAGAGGUGCCCUUACACUAAGCACCAAACGCUGGAAUUAGAAAAAGAGUUCUUGUUCAAUAUGUACCUCACCCGCGAGCGCCGCCUAGAGAUCAGUAAGAGCGUUAACCUCACCGACAGGCAGGUCAAGAUUUGGUUUCAAAACCGCCGCAUGAAACUCAAGAAGAUGAGCCGAGAGAACCGGAUCCGAGAACUGACCGCCAACCUCACCUUCUCUUAGGUCCGAAGCCCGUGGGAGGCCAGGAUCAGAGAGGGGGCACCGAAUUCCAGGGCCCAGUGCUGGAAGACUGGGAAGGCGGAAACAAAACCUUCUUUGCUCUUUGUUUUUUUGUUUUGUUUUCCUGCUAGAAUGUGACUUUGGGGUUAUUCUGUUCGUGCUGCAAGUGAUCUGUAAUCCCUAUGAGUAUAUAUAUAUAUACAUAUAUAUAUUAAAAACUAGCACGUGUAAUUUAUUAUUUUGUUCAUCGUAAUGCAGGGUAACUAUUACUGCGCAUUUUCAUUUGGGUCUUAACUUAUUGGAACUGUAGAGCAUUUAUCAAUCAAUUCAUCUAUCCAGCAAUGUGACUUUUUUCAUGUUUUUCCUAACACAAAAGGUCUGUGUGUGGUUAGUCCAUGAGCCCAUGGCGUUUUGAAUACAUCAGUACUUAAAGUACUUAAAUUACAUAUAUAUUUAAAAAAAGAUUAAGAAAAUUCACAAGCUUUGGGGGGAGGGGGACUAAAAAGCACAUUACAAUGUAUCUUUUCACAAAUGAAUCUAGCAAUUGUCCUUGGUGAGAUGGAAUAUUGAUGACUUAUGCCUUGUAGCCUUUCCCUUGUGGUGCAUCUGUGGUUUGGUAGAGUAUAACAGCAACCUGUCCAUUCUGUGCAUGUUCUGGUCGCAUGUAUAAUGCAAUAAAUUCUGGAAACAAG